GUACAUAACCAACCCCACCCUCAGUCUACCCAUUCAAACAAGCUUUCACUCAUUCACCAACCGUUUGAGCGAGAAUAUAGCUAUUUGGAUUUGGUUAUUUUGAAAUCCCGUUUUUUUUUUCUGCGUUUUGCAUCACGCCUUAACGAUCGAUUACUUGUUGAACUGAUCCAGGACUUUGACCAAUCAGCAACUAGACUCAAUACAACAUGGCUGAAAACGCUGCAAAGGCAAAUCAAUAUCAAUAUUCGGCAAACGCAAGUUUAGUCUUGCAGGCAGAUCGAAAACAUCUCCCUCGACGAGAUCAAGAACCCACCGGUGAACCCGAAACUCUUCACGGUCGAAUCGAUCCCAGAGAAUUCGGUAGUCGUGCAGUCAGAGAGGCUCCUAAAGACAAGGAAGUGAAGAAGAAGAAGGCCGAAAAAGCUGAAGAAAUUGAAGAGCGUAAGCGACGUAAGAAGGAACAACGGUAUGUUGGUAAACUCGGUCUUGUUUCGUUUCGCGGCUUCGUGUUUUCUAAUCCAUUUGCUCUUGUGCAAUUGUCCCAUUACAGAGAUCUCAACCGUGCUUAUGGAUUUUCUUCGGUCUUGGCGGCUACAGAUGAUUUUGAGGGUCUCAACUAUCGACCCCGUACCAAGGAAACACGCGCCACUUAUGAACUCAUAUUAGCUUUCGUUCACGAAUUUCUUGGUGAUGUACCACAAGAUGUCAUUCGAAGCGCUGGCGAUGCUGUUUUGGACACACUAAAGAAUGACGCGCUUAAAGAUUUUGACAAGAAGCGAGAAAUAGAAAGCAUCAUUGGAUCCAUGGCUUCAGAACGAUUUGCACAGCUCGUCAAUCUCGGCAAGAAAAUUAUCGAUUACAACAGUGGUGAUACUGAAGCUAUGAAUGUUGAUGAGAAUGGCGACAAGAUCGGCGAAAUUGAUGAUGAACUUGGUGUUGCUGUUGUUUUCGACGAAGACGAAGAAGAGGACGAAGAUGAAGACCACUUCGAAAUUAGAGAUGAAGACGAUGAGGAUGACGAUGAUGUGCCAGCUGGCCAAGUACAGGCUGAAGAGAUGGAAGAAGACGAAGAGGCUUCCGACGAAGACAUGGAUGGCUUCGAAUCUGUUCAAGCUGGUGGUUUACAAACUAGCCGUCGUGGAGCGCAAAAAGAUGCUGAUAAAGUUCAGCCCCAUCAAGUUGACGCUUUCUGGUUGCAACGUACUGUAGCUACGCAUUAUCCCGACCCCCACACAGCACAAGAGAAGGCAACCAAAGCCUUUGAAAUUAUUUCAUCGGACGCUAUCAACACUCGUGAUUGUGAAAAUGAACUGAUGGCAUUGUUCGAGUUUGACAAGUAUGAUUUGGUCAAGAUCUUAACACGAAACCGGGACGUUAUACACUGGUGUACCAAGUUGGCAAGAGCUGACGCUGAUGCACGCGCUGCUGUUGAACGAGAAAUCAAAGACAAGAACCUUGGUUGGAUUUUGAGCAACAUUGAUGGAGAACGUGAAGGAGCCACUGAGCGUUCAGGCGAAGCUAUGGAUGUUGAUGAAGAAGCACCCAAACGUACUCGCGGUCAAGUGCCUACUCAAGCUACCCUUGCACCAGGAACUACCGUUGCUCCCCGCCAAAUGGUCGAUUUGGAUGCACUCAAAUUCGAACAAGGCUCCCAUCUCAUGUCCAAUAAGAAGGUCAAGCUUCCCGAUGGUUCUUUCAAGAAGACUCACAAGAGCUACGAAGAGAUUCACGUUCCUGCACCCAAGCCCCGAGCUUUUGCUGAUGGAGAAAAGCUUGUCCCUAUCAAGAGUCUUCCUUCAUGGGCUCAAGAUGCUUUUACUGGUGCUGAGACUCUCAACCGUGUACAAAGUCGACUUUACCCUACUGCAUUCGGAAGUGAUGAGAAUGUUUUGUUGUGUGCGCCUACCGGUGCUGGUAAAACCAAUGUUGCUAUGUUGACUAUUCUGCAUGAAAUGGGCAAGUUCCGUAAUGAAGCUACAGGUGUCAUUGACCUCGAUGCGUUCAAAAUUGUGUAUAUCGCUCCCAUGAAAGCUCUAGUUCAAGAAAUGGUCGGUAACUUUGGCUCUCGUCUUAAGCCCUAUGGUAUUCAAGUGGCCGAAUUGACGGGUGAUCGUCAAUUGACCAAGCAGCAAAUUGCUGAAACUCAAAUCAUUGUCACAACUCCAGAAAAGUGGGAUGUUAUCACUCGCAAAGCGACUGAUCGUAGCUACACCAACUUGGUGCGUCUCAUCAUUAUUGAUGAAAUUCAUUUGCUACACGACGAGCGUGGUCCCGUUCUUGAGAGCAUUAUUUCUAGAACCAUUCGCAAUAUGGAGCAAACUCAAGAAUUGAUUCGAUUGGUGGGUUUGUCAGCUACCCUUCCUAACUACGCCGAUGUUGCAACUUUCCUUCGUGUCAACCCUGACACUGGUUUGUUCUUCUUUGAUUCUACCUACCGUCCUUGUCCUCUUAAGCAAGAGUUCAUUGGUGUCACUGAGAAGAAGGCCAUCAAGCGAUUGCAAGUCAUGAACGAGAUCUGUUAUGACAAGGUGAUUGGCCAGAUCAAUCAGCGUGAAGAGAAUCAAGUUCUCGUUUUUGUUCACUCUCGUAAGGAAACCGCCAAGACCGCCAAGGCUCUUCGCGACAUGGCUCUUGAGAAGGAUACCAUCACACAAUUCCUGAAGCAAGACUCAGCUAGUCGUGAAAUUCUUCAGUCUGAAGCUGCCACUGUCAAGGAUGCCAAUUUGCAAGACUUGCUUCCUUAUGGUUUUGCUUGCCAUCAUGCUGGUAUGACUCGUGCCGACAGAACACUUGUUGAAGAAUUGUUUGCCGAUGGACAUAUCAAGGUCCUUUGUUCUACUGCUACAUUGGCUUGGGGUGUCAAUUUGCCAGCGCAUGCUGUCAUCAUCAAGGGAACCCAAAUCUACUCUCCAGAGAAAGGUCGAUGGGUUGAAUUGUCACCACAAGAUGUUCUUCAAAUGUUGGGUCGUGCAGGUAGACCUCAGUUUGAUACCUAUGGUGAAGGUAUCAUUAUCACCGCGCAUGCCGAACUACAAUACUAUCUGUCUUUGCUGAACACGCAGUUACCAAUCGAGUCUCAAUUCAUUGCCAAGUUAGCUGACAACAUGAACGCCGAAAUUGUCUUGGGAUCUAUCCGCAACCGUGAUGAAGCAGUCCAAUGGCUUGGUUAUACCUAUCUCUACGUUCGUAUGCUUCGCAACCCUACCCUUUAUGGUAUUACUAUGGAGGAGGCAACAGAGGAUCCAUACCUAGAACAAAAACGUGUUGAUAUGGUCCACUCUGCGGCUGCUGUCUUGGACAAGUGCAAUUUAAUCAAGUACGAGAAGAAGACGGGACGAUUCCAAGUCACAGAACUAGGUCGUAUUGCAUCUCACUUUUACAUCUCUCACAACUCCAUGGCAACCUAUAAUCAACAUCUCAAGCCUAUGAUGAGUCACAUCGAGAUGUUCCGUGUCUUUGCCUUGUCUGAGGAAUUCAAGUACAUUCCUGUCCGUGAAGAGGAGAAGUUGGAGCUCUCAAAGUUGUUGGAACGUGUCCCUAUUCCGGUUAAGGAAUCUUUGGAAGAACCAACCGCCAAGAUUAAUGUCUUGUUGCAAGCCUACAUUUCCCAGUUGAAGCUCGAUGGUUUCGCUUUGGUCUCGGAUAUGGUGUAUGUUACUCAAAGUGCUGGUCGUAUCCUUCGUGCCAUCUUUGAAAUCUGUAUGCGCCGUGGAUGGGCUCAACUCACCAAGAAGGCUUUGGAUCUUUGCAAGAUGGUUGAUAAGAGAGCUUGGUUGACCAUGUCUCCCCUUCGACAGUUCAAGUCUAUGCAAAUGGAUUUAGUCAAGCGCAUUGAGAAGAAGGAAUUCCCAUGGGAGCGUUAUUAUGAUUUGAACCCUCAAGAAAUCGGUGAACUUGUGGGUCAACCCAAGGCGGGAAGAACUAUCUACAAAUUUGUACAUCAAUUCCCCAAGCUGGACUUGCAAGCACACGUACAACCCAUCACACGAUCUCUUCUCAAGGUCGAGCUCACUAUCACGCCUGACUUCCAGUGGGAUGAAAAGGUUCAUGGUACAGCUGAAGCCUUCUGGGUGUUUGUUGAAGAUGUUGACGGAGAAAUCAUUCUUCACCACGACUCAUUCAUUCUCAGAGAACGAUAUGCUGAAGAAGAACAUGUCAUGACUUUCACUGUUCCAUUGUUCGACCCACUCCCACCAAAUUACUUCGUUUCUGUGAUUUCUGACCGCUGGCUUCACUCUGAGACCAAGCUCCCAGUGUCAUUCAAGCAUCUUCUACUUCCUGAAAAGUAUCCUCCACACACUGAGUUGCAUGAUCUUCAACCUCUUCCCGUUUCCGCUCUUCGAAACCAGGAAUACGAAAGCAUCUAUAACGGUACCAUUGCACAGUUCAAUCCUAUUCAGACGCAGGUCUUUAAUACCUUGUAUUCAACUGACGACAAUACCUUCAUUGGAGCUCCUGCUGGAAGUGGCAAGACUAUCUGUGCUGAAUUCGCUUUGUUACGACUUUGGAACAAAUCACCAGGUGCCAAAUGCGUCUACAUUGCUCCUUUCCAAGAGCUAGCGGAUCAACGUCUUGCAGAAUGGAACAAGAAGUUUGGUCAAGUAGCUGGUGGUAAAACAAUUGUAUCUUUGACCGGAGAAACCAGUGCCGAUUUGAAGCUGUUGGAGAGAGGAGAUGUGAUCAUUGCUACCCCGAUGCAGUGGGAUGUCAUUUCCAGACGAUGGAAACAAAGAAAGAACGUUCAGAAUAUUGCUUUGUUCAUUGCUGAUGAAGUACACUUGAUUGGAGGCGACCUUGGUCCUACUUAUGAAGUUAUUCUCUCACGUAUGCGCUAUAUUGCCGCUCAAACCAAGAACCCUAUUCGCAUCGUUGCUUUGGGUACCUCUUUGGCUAAUGCUCGUGAUGUUGGAGAAUGGCUCGGUGCUACCUCUCACUCGGUUUUCAACUUCCAUCCUUCUGUUCGACCAGUACCACUCGAAAUCAACAUUCAAAGCUACAACAUUCCACACUUUGCUUCCUUAAUGAUGGCCAUGUCCAAACCCACCUAUCUUGCCAUCAACGCUUAUUCACCAGAAAAACCCACCAUUGUCUUUGUGCCAUCACGAAAGCAAUGUCGUCUCACCGCGACUGAUAUUCUGACAUUCUGUGCUGCUGAUGAUCAACCUGACCGCUUCUUGAAGUGUAACUUGGAAGACAUCCAAUCUCAUUUGCAACGUGUCCAAGACCCAUCACUUGCUGAAAUGUUGGAACAUGGUGUUGGCUUUUACCAUGAAGCCUUGAGCAAGCAAGAUAAGCGCAUUGUUGAGCAGCUGUUUGAUUCAGGUGCUAUCCAGGUUGUUGUCGCUUCUAGAGAUACAUGCUGGGGCUUGCCUAUGAACUCUCAUAUGGUCAUCAUAAUGGGCACUCAGUAUUUCGAGGGUAAAGAACAUCGCUAUGUUGAUUACCCUAUUCCGGAUGUUCUCCAAAUGAUGGGUCGCGCUUGUCGACCUCGUGAAGAUGAUACGGGUCGAUGUGUGUUGAUGUGUCAAGCUAACAAGAAGGAGUUCUACAAAAAGUUCUUGUACGAAGGAUUGCCUGUUGAGUCCCAUUUGGAUCACGCUUUACACGACCACUUCAAUGCAGAAAUUGUUACCAAGACCAUCGAAAACAAGCAAGAUGCUGUUGACUACCUCACUUGGACCUACUUGUACCGUCGCAUGGCUUUGAAUCCUAAUUACUAUGGACUUCAGGGAACCACACAUCGUCAUCUUUCUGACCACUUGUCUGAACUGGUUGAGAAUACCUUGAACGAUUUGCUCGAAACCAAGUGUAUCACCAUUGAAGAUGAAAUGGACGUCUCGCCACUCAACCUUGGUAUGAUUGCUGCAUACUACAAUAUCACAUAUACCACUGUCGAUAUGUUCAGUGUCAGUUUGAAGAGUGCUACCAAGCUCAAGGGUCUUUUGGAGAUUGUUUCAUCUGCAACCGAGUUUGAUAACAUUCCUAUUCGACAUCACGAAGACAAUGUUUUGAAGCGAAUUUACGAUCGUUUGCCUGUGAAAUUGGCAUCACCCAAGUUCAACACUCCUCGUAUCAAGGCCAACAUUCUACUUCAAGCUCAUUUCUCUCGAACCCAAUUGCCACCGGACCUCCAAUCAGAUCAAACCCUUGUCCUUAGCAAGAUGAUCCCAUUAUUGCAGGCGUGCGUAGAUGUUAUUUCUUCAAAUGGAUGGCUUUCCCCUGCACUUUCCACUAUGGAAUUAGCUCAAAUGACUGUCCAAGCCAUUUGGGAUCGCGACUCACCACUUAAACAGAUACCUUACUUUACAAGUGAAGUCAUCAAGCGAUGCGAAGACAAGGGCGUCGAGUCGGUGUUUGAUAUCAUGGAAUUGGAAGACAGUGAUCGUGAUGAAGCUCUGCAAAUGGAUCAACGCAAGAUGAAGGAAGUUGCUCGCUUCGUCAACCGAUAUCCCAAUAUUGAAAUUGGCUUUGAAGUUGCUGACGACGAUGCCAUUGCAUCGGGUAAUGUCGUUAACGUCAAGGUUCAGCUUGAGCGUGAAGGCGAUGACGAUGACGAGGACCUCGGUCCUGUGUUGGCACCUUACUUCCCUGGUACCAAGGAUGAAGGCUGGUGGAUUAUCAUUGGUGAUAGCUCAUCAAAGACCCUUUUGGCUAUCAAGCGCAUCACCCUGCAGAAGAGAUUGACGGUCAAACUAGACUUUGUUGCUCCUGCCGCUGGUCACCAUAACCUCAAGCUUUAUGUCAUGUGUGAUUCUUACAGUGGUUGUGAUCAGGAAUUAGAUAUGGAAAUUGAUGUUGCCGAAGGCGAAGAAAGUGAAGGCGAUAGCAGCGAAGAGGAAAGUGAUGACGAGUAAAUGUAGAGACUACAAAAAGUUCCCUUUUCUUUUUUUAAACAACUUACCUUUUUUUUUCUUUUUGAUUUCAUUGAUGUGAUUGUUUUGUUCAUAUAUAAAAAGAAAAAAAUACGUUUUAUUAUACAAUUUUCCAGUUCUUGGUCUUUGAUCACGACUAUAAAGUACAUACGUGCCUUGUCAUCAUCA